CGUCGAUAGUAGUUUUACCUUUUUUUAAAAUUUCGGUAAAACUAGAUUUGUUUGAACAUAAUUAAUUCAAAUUUUUCAUAUAAUUUUUACUACAUAAGUCAUUAGUGUCAUAGGACGGAAUAAUAAUAAUAUUGAUCAAAUAAUUACUAAGGAUAUAACACUAUUUCCAAUCAUGGAUUACGAAGCUAUGGCAAAUAAAAUUAUGCCUGAACUAGGCCAAGAGAUCGAAGACUUUAAAUAUAACACUUGGCAUGUAACAAAUUGGCGGAAUUUGGAAAAAAGAAUAACGGGACCAGAAUUUGAAGUUGGAAGUUGGAAAUGGCGGAUUUUGCUAUUUCCUUUUGGUAAUGGCAGUGGUAACCAAGAUGUAGUUUCUAUUUAUCUUGAUUUUGUUGAUAUUAAGAAUGCUCCACCUGGUUGGCAUUCAUGUGCACAAUUCGCUUUAGUCUUGUGGAAUCCUGAAGACCCAACACAAUAUAUUUCUUAUCAUGCUCAUCAUCGAUUUACUGCUGAAGAACAAGAUUGGGGCUUUACACGAUUUUAUUCUUCACAAAAAUUAUUUACUCCUUGUGAAAACCGACCACAUGCGUUAAUUAAAAAUGAUUCAACCAAUAUCACUGCUUUUAUACGAGUAUUUAAGGACCCCACAGGCGUCUUGUGGCACAAUCUCAACAACUAUGAUUCAAAAAAGGAGACAGGAUAUGUAGGAUUGAUCAAUCAAGGCACUACAGGUUAUAUGAACACAUUUCUGCAGUUACUUUAUUGUAUAACUUAUUUUCGUAAGGCGAUCUAUCAAAUCCCUACAGAAGAUGAUGAACCAACAAAAAGUGUUCCCUUGGCUUUGCAACGAAUUUUUUACAAUUUACAGAUAUCAGACAUGCCGGUUGUAACAAGAGAAUUAAUAGAAUCUUUGGGAUUUGAGUAUUAUAAGCAACUUGAUUUGCAAGAAUUUAGCAUGAUAUUACAAGAUAUACUUAAAAUCGAAAUGAAGGGUACGAAGGUUGAUGGUACACAUACUAAACUUUUUGUUGGUAAAAUUAAGAAAUAUAUCAAAUGUAUCAAUUUGGAUUAUGAGUCUUCUCAUGUUGAAGAUUAUUAUGAUAUUGAACUGAAUGUGAAAGGUUGUAAAACUUUAAGUGAUUCUCUCAAAAAUUAUAUUCAAGAGGAAAUAUUGGAAGGUGAUGAUAAAUAUGAAGUAGAAGGUCACGGGUUACAAGAUGUCAAAAAGGGUGUUAUAUUUGAAAGUUUUCCUCCAAUUUUACAUUUACAACUUAAAAGGUUUGAAUAUGAUAUAAUAAAGGACACGAUGGUUAAGAUCAAUGAUCGCUUUGAAUACCCAAUGGAGAUUGAUUUAGAAGAAUUUCUUUCAGAAGAUGCGGAUAGAUCAAACUCCCAUAAAUAUUUAUUACACGGAGUACUCGUUUUUAGUGGUGGUGCUAUGAAUAAAGGUCAUUGUUUUGCUAUACUAAAACCCGAAAAGGACGGCAAAUGGUUUAAAUUUGAUGAUGACCAAGUUAUACCUGUUAUAGAUAAACAAGUACUUGAAGAUAAUUAUGGUGGAUUACAUUUCACCAAUGCUUAUAUAUUAAUAUAUAUUCGUGAAUCAAAUGUAGACGAGAUAUUAUCUCCUGUGGUUCCUGAGGACAUACCUUUUCAUUUACGGAGAAUAUGUAUGGAAGAGAAAAUGGUCAUAGAAGAACAAAAGAAGGAAAAGAUAGAGGAAAAUCUUACUAUAAAGGUUGUGACAACUGAAAAACUCAAAAAUUAUCAAGGAUUUGAUCUUGCCAAUUUUGAUGGAGCACACAAAUAUAUGAUUCAAAAAGGCGAAACAUAUGGGGCUUUUAAAGAAAAGAUUUCUCAAGAAUUUAAUAUCCUUCCUGAACGAUUACGAUUCUGGAUUUUUGUGAAUCGUCGAAAUAAAACCAUUCGACCUGACUUUCUAAUACCAGAAUCUUAUUCCAAUACUAGCAUGGAAGAAGUACAUAAAAGAAUGACUUCCCAUCAGAAUGAAAUGAAGUUAUAUAUGGAGGUAGCAGACAAACCAUUUAAUGACACGAUAUGGUUUCCAGAAGGAAAUGAUCACAUAAUAGUUUUUCUUAAAUAUUUUGAUCCUGACAAACAAGCUUUUGAAGGUUUAGGUCAUUUAUAUAUACAAAAGUUUAGUAAAGUGGGUGAUUAUGCUCGCAUUUUCUGUGAGAAAAAGAAACUUCCACCAGACACACUUUUGAAAAUAUAUGAAGAAAUCAAACAAGAUAUGAUUGUAAAGAUAAGUCCUGAACUUACUUUCCAAAAAUUAGAAGUGAAAGAUGGUGGUAUAAUUUGUUUCCAAAAGGUUUUAACAGUAAAUGAAAUCCAUGAACAUAGAGUAGCAGGCCGUUAUGUUGAUAUUCCUGAUUUUUAUAAAUCCUUAAUCAUUGUUUCAUUUAAACCAAAAUUUAAAACUCAGGAACAAAAAUCAAAAUUUGAUUUAGUUUUAGGGAAAAAAUGUAUGUACAAUAUGAUUGCUGAAUCAGUUGCCGCUCAUUUAAGUACAGAUCCUCUUAAAUUACGAUUUACCUCGGCAUUUUCAUCAUCUGGUAUACCAAAGAGCGUUAUUAAGCAAACCACUACUCAAACACUUUCAAAGAUGCUUCAAACUUCAUAUUUGAAUCCAUCAGCUUAUGUUUUAUUCUAUGAGAUACUGGAACUAAAUACUAUAGAACCAGAAGCAAAGAAGUUUUUCAAAGUUUAUUGGCUUGGAAACAUAGUUAAAGAGAAGGAAGUAAAAGAAAUUGGUAUUCAUCUUCAAGAAAAUGCUAUCAUUAAUGAUCUUAUAGAAGAAAUUUCAAAAAAGGUGACAUUAUCGUCACCAAGUUCUAGAAUUAGAUUAUUUGAAGUUCGUUACAAUAAGAUUCAAAAGAAUUUUACAGGAAGUGAACUGAUAGAGAGUAUACAAGAAUUUGAGACACUAUAUGCAGAGGAAAUACCUCUGGAUGAAAUUGUUAUCAAUCAAUAUGAUCAAAUUAUUCAAGUAUGCCAUUUCACAAAUGAUCCAGUACGAUUACACGGAAUUCCAUUUAAAUUCGUUAUUAAAAAUGGAGAGAAACUUGCUGAUACUAAAGUACGUCUUCGGCAACGACUUGGUAUGAACGAAAAAGAUUUUUCAAAAAUUAAAAUUUCAAUUAUAUCCGAAACUUUAUAUACAAAACCAGAAUAUUUUUAUAAUGAUGAUAUAAUUUUAUCAGAAAAAUUGUCAAAUGAAGAAUUUCUUGGUCUUGAUUAUGUGGAUAAACGGGUAAAGUUAGAAGUACAGAAGCUGAUUUAAUUAAUAGCCGAUAUAUUAUCAUAAUUAUCUACAGUCAUUAGUUGAUUUCUUUUUUUAUUUAAAUAUAAUAAAUACGAUUUGAUUACUAUAUUAUUACAAGUUGUUAAAAAUGAAUAAUUAUUAAAAAUAAAAAUUAAUGUUUCUUAAAUAUUUAGUGUAUUUAUUCUAUUAUCUGAUUCAUUGUUGAC